UCUGGAUUACCAAGCUUUUCCCGCGAAAAGCAUAAACAAACGGAAGUGAGGUAUGUAUAUUAAGCUUCUUGGCCCAUCACAGUGUGAUAAUCACACCGGGGGACCUUUGAAACCAUAUGUAACAAAGAUAAUACCGGUGACCUGCUGUAUUUGUACUUUGAACUUGCGAAGACAGAACAAAUUGCACAAGAGAGUUUGAGUGAGACAAGGAAAUUCAGAAAGAAAGUGUGCGAAGAAAGGUUGACAAUUAAGUUGCUACUAAAGUAACGUAUAGGCAAAUUUAUCUUCCUAGUUUGCAGCAAUUUUACUAGAAAGAUGGCAGAAAAUAUCGAUUACUCAGACAUUGUUCAUCAUUUGAGAUUGUCCUUUAAUCAAGGAAAAAUAAGGCCAGUUGAGCAACGAAUUCAACAACUGAAGCAGUUUUUGAAGAUGAUGACUGAAAAUAAAGAAUUAUUUGUCGAAGCUCUUCAUCAAGAUCUACGUAAACCAGCUUUUGAAGCAACAAUGAUGGAGUACACUGUGGUUGUUGCCGAGCUCACCAAGUUUAUCGACAAUCUUCCUUCCUGGGCAGCAUUCCAGAGAACUGAUGCCGAUUUGAUGAAUAAAUUUAACACUUGUGGCAUACAGUAUGAGCCAUAUGGUGUAGCUUUGAUUAUUGGAGCAUGGAAUUAUCCCCUACUUCUUUUGCUCCAACCUUUGAUCGGUUGCAUUGGUGCAGGCAACUGCGCAGUCUUAAAACCGUCUGAACUGUCCCCUGUCACUGCAUCUCUUAUUGAAAGUCUUGUUCCGCGGUACCUUGAUGAAGACUGUUUCAGAGUUAUCGCUGGUGGAAAGGAUGAGACAUCAGCACUCCUUAGGGAAAGAUUCGAUUAUAUGUUUUACACUGGUGGUCAUGUCGUCGGGCAGAUAGUCAUGCAAGCUGCAGCCAAGUAUCUCACUCCAGUGACAUUGGAGCUUGGCGGAAAGAGUCCAUGCUAUGUAGAUGGCGAUUGCAACUUUGACAUCACUGCCCGUAGAAUUGUUUGGGGGAAGUAUGUGAACUGUGGUCAAACAUGUCUUGCCCCAGAUUACAUUCUUUGCACCAAAGAAACUGAAGAAAAACUCACCCUAUCUCUUAAAAAAGCUCUUAAAGAAUUUUAUGGAGAAAAUCCAAAGGAAUCCAAAGAUCUGGCCAGGAUUAUUAAUGAAAGACAUUUUCAGAGAAUAAGAAAUUUGAUAAAUCAAGAGAAAGUUGUAAUUGGUGGUGAUGUUGAUGAAGAUGAGAAAUACAUUUCCCCAACUGUCAUGACAGAUGUCACCUCUGAAGAUGCAGUGAUGAAGGAGGAAAUAUUUGGCCCUUUACUCCCAAUAGUCAAAGUUAUUUCUGCCACUGAAGCAGUGAAGUUUAUCAACAAAAGGGAAAAACCAUUGGCUCUCUAUGUCUUCUCUAAAACACAAAGCAUCAUUGAUAAAUUCAUCAAUGAAACUUCCUCUGGAGCAGUCUGUGUGAAUGAUUCAAUUGUUCAGGCAGCAGUACCUUCUUUGCCAUUUGGUGGUAUUGGUCAAAGUGGUAUGGGAGCAUAUCAUGGCAAGUUUUCUUUUGAGUCUUUCUCACACAGGAAAGCAUGCCUUAUCAAGAAGCAGAAUUUGGAAGCUUUAAAUGCAAUAAGGUAUCCUCCAUACACUGACUCAAACAUGAAAACAGCAUGCUGGUUCCUGAUGCCAUCAAGGAAUUCCAAAGGGAGAUGCGUCAUUCAGUAGAGGCAGACAGGAUAUCCAAGAUGAUUAUGCUGCAUUUGUGUGAGUUUCAGAGUCAUGGUACCUGAUUCUACAGGAUAUUCAAAUCCUACAGAUUUGUUGUGAUUUUCGUGCAGGCCUAUAAGUAUUGCUAUAUUAAAGAAGUCGCAUGUUCAACAUACUAAAGAUUAAGAUAUUGUUAUUUAUUUAAUCAAUUUUAGAGGUAAAGAUUUUUGGUUGACUUUUGAUUCACAGGGAAUAGUUGAAAAGAUUCUCUUCCCAAGAAAUUUUGUUCACAAGAAAAUAUAGCAAUAGCGUCUGUCGCGUGAAGAAAAUUUGAAAGAGUUGAUUUUUUAAAAAUGGAAACCAGUAAUUUUUACGUAGAUUAUACGAAUGUUUUUUUGCUUUGCUUAUCUUAAAAAUACUGUUAAGAACAUAUCCUUUAAACCGCUGAGGUAACCUUAGAGUUAAUUUGUAAGUUGCAUUAACACGAGGUUGGAUUUGUAAAAAAGUUGUGUUCUUGUGCAAAAAAGAGGAGCUUCUGAAAUGUUCCGUUAUGUUAUUUUUCUCCAGUUGUUAUUAAUUUGUUCUUAACUUUUGACCAAUGUCGAGGCUCGUGUUCUUAUUAAAUUGUUCUUGUAAAAAAAGAGUGUACAGUCAGACAAAAGAUUGAAAGAAUCAAAAUAAAAUUUAUAAACCUUUUUUUUUAAUAUGAAUGUGUUUGCAGAGCUGCUUUGCAUUGUAAAAUUUAAGCAUUAACUGUUUAUAAUUUAUAAAUUCAAGUUUUGUUUUUAAUUGACAAAGCAUGAAACUCAACAUAUGUCUCAAAAACUAUCCAUAAUUGAAAACUACAAAUUUUUAAAAUGUUUCGAAAAAAGCCGAGCUGCAAGGAGAAGGAAU